CCGAAGAGUUAUGCGUGGUCAAGAGGAUCCAACUCUCCGCUUCCUGGGGUCGCGUUUUUAUUGUCAAAGACCUACUUUGCGGAGCUACUUUGGCUUAGUUUAUUAAUUCGACGAUUUUAAAAACAAGCACACAUAAAACUUGAAAAAUACAAAUAAAAUCAUCGAAGAUAACACACAAUAAUGUCUGGGAUUUAUUUCCAUUGUUGUCCUCUUGUGACAUGGUGGUUGAUCAAGAUCACUUGCGCUUUGGAGGGGCAGAGCCAGACCAGACGCAACAAAUGAUGUUGGAUCUUCAAAAAACUGAAAAAACAAAAGGCACCGCACUGCUGUGCUGAGACUCAUUGGUGUUCAUUGCAAAUAUAGCGCCAGCCAGUGCAUCGAUUAGACGCACAAUAACGGCAUAUUUGGGAUCAGUUUCCACUCCUUUGGGAUAACGUUUCCCAUUUAAUCUGGAUCAAGAACGGGCUGCAUAUGAGUUGAAAACUUUUAAGUUUUAAGAAAAUCCCGGAUGUCUGCCCUGCAAGCGUAACUUUAUCUCGARAGUCCUGUGAAAGAGAUGCUUAAAAGUGGGGAGUAUUGCUCGUUGUUCAAUCUUUCCAAAUGACCGGCGACCGUUUUACCACGUACAUGACCGUGUAAAUACUUAGCCUAACAUUAUUUGUUAUUAUUUUAUAGUUUUCAUUUUCUCAUAUCUCCACUGCACUUGAUCGCAAACGAUGCAGGUCCUACUGUUUGCUACGGUUAUUUACUAUAUCYUGAACUUCGUCGGGGCUGAGCCCAAACCAAAAUGCCCAGAGCGGUGCGACGUGAGCACUUGCCCCAGCCCUAGCUGCGCGAUGGGAUACGUUCCAGACCGAUGRAACUGCUGCCUGGUUUGCGCCCAGGGAGAAAGCGACCCAUGCGGGCGCAAAGAUGACCUACCCUGCGGUGAUGGACUCGAAUGCAAGCACCCGGCCGGAAAGCGGCUAGCCAAGGGCUUUUGUCAGUGCAAAUUGGGUCACAAAGUUUGCGGCAGUGACGGCAUUACCUAUGGGAACGUGUGUCAGCUGAAGGCGCAGAGUAGGAAGGCUCUGCAGCAGGGGCUGCCCGCCAUCAACUCGGUCCAGAAGGGACCAUGCGAAAUCAACAAUAACAAAGGUACUUCACACCCCACCAGUCCCAGGUACAAGUUUAACUUCAUAGCCGACGUGGUUGAGAAGAUUGCGCCGGCUGUCGUCCACAUUGAACUUUUCCUCAGGCACCCUCUGUUCGGCCGGAAUGUCCCUCUGUCCAGUGGGUCAGGCUUUGUGAUGUCAGACACAGGUUUGAUAGUGACCAACGCCCAUGUAGUCUCCAGCACCAGGCCUGUGUCGGGCCGUCAGCAGCUCAAGGUCCAGAUGCACAAUGGUGACGUCUACGAAGCGACCAUCAAGGACAUCGAUAAGAAGUCAGACAUCGCCACCAUCAAAGUCAACCCACUGAAAAAGCUCCCGGUGCUGUUGCUAGGCCACUCGGCCGACCUUAGACCUGGUGAGUUUGUGGUUGCCAUUGGCAGCCCCUUCUCUCUCCAGAACACGGUUACCACAGGGAUCGUGAGCACUGCACAGAGAGACGGGAAGGAGCUGGGCAUCAGAGACUCUGACAUGGACUAUAUACAGACGGACGCCAUCAUCAACUAUGGAAAUUCAGGCGGACCUCUUGUUAACUUGGACGGGGAGGUGAUCGGUAUCAGUUGCGAUCCAGUUCCUAUUCGUAACACUCUGUUAAGUUGUUUGUCUGACUGCCACCAGGACGGGGAGGUGAUUGGCAUCAACACUCUAAAAGUGGCUGCUGGGAUCUCCUUCGCCAUCCCUUCUGAUAGGAUCACACGCUUCCUCGAGGAAUCCAUGGACAAGCAGAGCAAAGGUAGGCCCGCACAUCCCCUCCCCUCUGAUAGGACAACACUCUUCCUCAACGAAUCAAUGGACAAGCAGAGCAAAGAAGUGAGAUCAUUGAAGAAACGUUUCAUUGGAAUAAAGAUGCUCACCAUCAACCCAGCGCUGGUUGAGGAGCUGAAGCAGCAGAACCCAGACUUCCCUGAUGUCUCUAGUGGGAUCUACGUCCAUGAAGUGGUGCCUCACUCUCCUGCACAGAAAGGUGGUAUCAGAGACGGCGACAUCAUCGCGAAGCUGAACGGCCGUCCUCUGCUGACCACAGCUGAUCUACAAGGGGCGCUCACGGAGGAGACAGCCCUGCUGCUGGAGGUCAGGAGGGGCAACGACGACCUGCUCUUCAACAUCCAGCCCGAUGUCAUUAUGCAGUAACCCAGUAACCAUGAAGACAUUGACCAGGAGUACCGUGUUCGAGAUAUAUUUCUAUCGGGAACAUUCUGUAAACGUUAGAACGUCACUCAUGAACAUGCUCCCAGCUGUUCAACAUCGAGCCAGACGACGUCUUCAUGCAGUAAUCACAGCAACCGUGGUGUGGAACCCGGGAGACUGAAAAAGUAUAAUGACCAAACAAAAUAAAACAAAACAGAAACUCUGGUUGAGAGCCCUAUACACUGAUAAAGCUGCCCCUAUAGUCACUGACCUGAGGUCAGUUUGUAUUUGUUUUGGGAGGGUAAACUGAUCCUAACUCGGUGCCUAAAGGGUGACUUUUAACUACUCAGAGCCCAGGGGAGAACGAUCAACAAACAAGUCAAGAAACAGAAAACUUUGUUUGUUGAAACCUUGAUCUGGAAACGAUAGAGACUGACUGACCCUUGCUUGGUAAAUCCAGCCAGAAAACUCCCUGGAGUCUGGAUGCAUUUAGGACUGAAUGUUGGAACGCCCAGCGAAAUGAAACACUUGAUUUUUAUUAUUGUUGUAUUUGUGUUUUGUAUCAUCUGUCUUUGUCAAAGCACACCAGCUGUUUUUUGAGACUCACUUACUCCCAAUGCAACCUAUCAUUGGUAAGACAAGUUUAGCAUGUAGUUAAUUCAAAGAUGUGUCCAUUGUUACACUGCUUUUAUAGCCUUUUUUUAUCUGUUGACCAGAACUUAUUUCUGUACAUGCGAGUACAGUAGCUAUGUGUCCAAUGCUUUCCGUUUGAAACCAUUCCGUAACCAACUGUGAAUGUUGUUUUUUGGUCAGUGAUACGUUGAAAGAAAGACCAGAAUUUGGUCGGAAAUGUUCAGUUAGAAGUUGAAAGAAAGACCACAUUUUUAUUCAACUGGUAAAAUGUAAGCAAAUGUCUGUUUGAAUCUCACUGUUACUGGAUUCUUGAUGUCUUCUACUAUCACCGACCCAUUGGGAACACUUUACAUUAAUGUCCUAAGGGUUUAUAAAGGGUUUGUAAAGGUGUUAUAAGCAGUUUUAUAAACACUUUACAAUAUUGACCUGUGCUUAUAGCAUGAAUAAAUAAAUUCCCUUUACAGUCAGUUACUUAUAUCUUAAUCAUCAUGACUUAAGAACAGAUUGAAUGUUUACAAAUCUGGAUUCCUUACCAACAGACUAUGUCAAUGGGAGUGAUUGUUUUAGUUUUUGCUACUUUUAUAAUGUGUAUAAAAUAAAAUAAAUUGCUCUAUAGGACGUUCUUGCGUUGGAUCCAGUGAGACGUGUGUGAAUA